UCGAAAAUCUGAUACAUGAUUAGACAGGUUCACAUUUGCUGUGCUGUCCUGAAGAAAUCAAGAUGACGAAUGUUUUGGAGGAUCCGUCCCUGGAGCGCCACUUUAAGGGCCACAGGGACACUAUUACCAGUGUGGACUUCAAUCCAAACAUGAAGCAGCUUGCCUCAGGAUCAAUGGAUUCUUGUCUGAUGGUUUGGAACUUCAAGCCACAAAUGAGGGCUUACAGAUUUGUUGGACACAAGGAUGCAGUAAUGGAUGUGAAGUUUUCUCCAUCUGGACACCUUGUGGCAUCUGGCUCAAGAGACAAGACAGUUAGACUCUGGAUCCCAAGUGUGAAAGGAGAGUCUACAGUAUUUAAGGCCCACACUGCUACUGUGAGGAGUGUUGACUUCUCCAGUGAUGGACAAUAUCUACUUACAGCUUCAGAUGACAAAACUGUUAAGGUUUGGACAGUACACAGACAAAAGUUUAUGUUCUCAUUAAACCAACACAUGAACUGGGUUCGUUGUGCCAGGUUUUCCCCAGAUGGCAGACUAAUUGUAUCAGGCAGCGAUGAUAAGACAGUGAAACUUUGGGACAAAAAUAGUAAAGAAUGUGUGCAUACCUUCUUUGAACAUGGAGGGUUUGUGAACUACGUAGAAUUCCAUCCCAGUGGUACAUGUAUAGCAUCAGCUGGUACAGAUAGCACAGUCAAAGUGUGGGACAUCAGGAUGAACAAGUUACUACAGCACUACACAGCUCACUCAUCAUCUGUGAACAGUUUGUCAUUCCACUCGAGUGGAAACUACCUGAUUUCUGGAUCAGAUGAUUCAACUCUGAAGAUUUUUGACCUGCUGGAGGGUCGUCUCUUCUACACACUUCAUGGACACCAGGGUCCAUCAACUGCUGUAUCUUUCUCCCGGUCUGGGGAAUACUUUGCUUCCGGCGGCUCAGACGAGCAGGUAUUGGUAUGGAAAACCAACUUUGAUCAGUUAGACUUCAGUGAGGUGCUUCAGUCUCACAAACAGCGUGAGAAAUCUGCUGCUCCCCCAACUGUUGGAGAUAUACCACCCAGGGUACAGAAACCACAACGCCCUCAAACAACCACUCGGUUGGAUGCCCGUACAGAUCUUAAGAAGAUGGAUGACGAGGAGCCAGAAGUAACAGAGGUUGGUCCAGCCAUGUUCUCCUCAGGACAGCGAUCAGCAGUGAAUGGUGAACGAUUCCAGGAGUAUAAUAUGACCUCUAUCGACAGCGCUAUGAGAGAUCUUCAGAUGCCAUCCAGUAAUUUCAGGAGCGAAGAGCCUCCAUCUACUACCCAGCCACUGGAGCCAAAAUCUAUCCCACCACAGUUAGCCAACACACUGGAGCAGAUUGUGGGCCAGUUAGAUGUUCUAUCACAGACUGUGUCAUUGCUGGAACAGAGGCUAACAAUGACUGAGAACAAACUUAGAGAGUGCUUGGACAAUCAACAGAAAAUUACACUACAAAUUCGUCCCACUGACUGACCAUCGUCUAUGGAUCGUCCACCCAUCUCCAUAUAAACUUCAUCUGUGAUACACAUUGAUACAUUGAGAACAAAAGGCUACACCAUUAGGGUAGGAGCAGGUUGUCACACAGUAUUUUGGGAGGAUGUAAGGGAAUGUAAACACAUUUGUUUAGCUGAAUGUUUUUACAACCUGACUACCCCUGUUUUCUUGUUACUGGUUGGAAUCUAUUUUUUCCAUCAAUUCAUUAAUGAGCUUUAUUUGUGAAUAACAUCUCUAGUGGGGGUUGUUAUAUACAAUUUUACUCUGUCUCAGUAAAUAUAAGCACCAUCCAAAGUACCCUGAAUUUUUUUUCCAUGUUAGAGUUUUCUGUCUAUUAUAAUGUAUAAAUGACAUUCCCAAACAAACUUGAGUUCUCACAAAGGAUAGAUACUUCAUUGAAUAGUCAGUAAGUUUUAAGUUAUUUUCGAAAGACUAUUUUUCUUGUUAUAUUCGUUAGGUGAAAUUUUCCACCGAUCAAGUAAUAUUUUAAUUAUACUAUUAUGACUGAUAAUUUUUGUCUCUUCUUAACAAUAUGUGUUUAUUAGGGAAAGCAACUCUUUAUUUUCCAAGGAUAAUCAUAUUGUAUUCAGAACUCUGUUUAAUAUUGAUUUUUUACGCAAGGCUACAAUCUAGAUUUUGAAGUUCCGUCCAACUUAUGCCUACAUCACACUAGGGAGCAAUAUUAUAGAACCUUUCAGCAUUUCAUGCACAUGUAUAGCCCUGUUGCUUCUUUGGUUGGGUGUCUGUAUUACAUUUUGUAAAAAGCCCUGUAAAAUGCUAACAAUUCAUUUGUAAAAAUUCCACGUUGAUUUCGGAAGUUUUAGUAUUUUUGUCAUGAAAGUGUGAUCUUGUUAGUAUGCCCAUCAGUUUUGAUGUAUUAAGAAAAAUAAAAUUAUUUUCGAAAGACAGCAUCUUAAUCUUUUCAAAAUUACUACUAUGAUAAAGUUUAUAUAAGAUGAGGUUGUAGUAACUGUUACACAUGAUGCCAGUCUUAAACACUGUAAAAAAAAUUUUGAAUUAUGAUAUUACAUGUCAUAUUUCAUGUACACUGAUGAUUUCAGCAUGUCCAAGGUCAGUAAUAUUCUAAUUUUCUGAUCUCUAAGUACAUGUAAUGUGUGAUUCUGCAAUGCAUUUUUUCUUUUAAGCAGUAAAGUUUUACCCUCACAACAAAUCCAUGUGUCACAAGUGCUUUCCAUUACCUAUGCAAAUAACUGGGGUAUGUUUGAAUGGCACUUGACAAACUUGUAUUUUGUUUAACUGUGUAGGAAAUUUCAUUAACAUUUUACUCCAAAAGUAUAGUGGUCAAAUCCUUUUAAACACAGUAUUCAAUAUUCUGUUAUAUAGCAAGUUUAUAUGAAGGGCAUAAUAAGCACUGGGAAUAGAUUUUACCUAAAAGUUUGGGUGGUAUUUUCUGGUAUGAAGUAUUACAUAUAGCUACAUGGGUUUGGAAAUAUGAGACACAAACAUGCUAUUUUAUGAAUGAAAUAGGUAUAAUCUUACCAAAAUUUACAUUCAGGUUUUGUGAGUUUUGAAAGAUGUCACUUGUAAACAUAUUCUGAAUUAAUAUCUAGGUAUUAUUUUGUAGUGCUAGUUUUAGGAAGAUGUAAAUAUGUACAAAACAGGAAAAAAUACACAAGAUAAUGCUACAUCCCAGAAUUUUUUAAUGUCCUGUUUAUUACUAUUAUAUUGCUGGAAGGUAGAAAAAAAGGAUUUUAUCUGUUAGAAAUUAUAUGUUUAUUGCUGAAUGAUGUGAUUACAAGCUUACAUAUGUAUACUGUAUAGUUUUGUAAAGAAUUCUUCAGAAUUAAAGGCACAUCCUCUUAAUUCUUUAUUAUAACUAGACUUCCAUACAUCAUUCCGUAAAUACCCCAAAUUUUAUAUCUUGUUUUAUGCUGAUAUUUUAAAUCUUGACCAGAAUUUAUUUUGUGUAAUGGUGAACACUCUCCUGUGAAUUUGAUUAAUCAGAAUUAAAUGGCUUAAAAGUAUUUCCUUACUUUUACCUAUAUAAGAUAUACAGAUGUAUACUCUUCUUAUCUGAAGUAAAUACAAGCACAGCAAUUAUUGAAUUUCAUUGGAAUAAAAGAUCUGAGACAAGCUGUGGAUGAUCAAUAUUACACCUCAUAACGUAGUCCAUUAUGAUAUUGUUUGUAUAUUCAUCUAAAAAAUAUGUGAACAGUCUGUAUUUUUACCAAAUUUAUAUUUAUUUAUUGUAAAUAAAUUGUAAAUAU